CUCCAGGUCACUGGCCCACGGUCACCAGAAGCUGAGCCCGGGGUGGGGGUGGCCUACUGCUGCCGCAGCCAGGAGCUCUCCCAGGCAGCUGCUGUGCUGCAUCGGGCAGCAUCCGGGAGUGGCUCUGGAGCCUGACUACCAGAAGAGCAGCCGAACAGCCAUGGGGAGCCAGGCCGGCACAGCAGGAGGACAGAGCCCCAUGCUCAGCUAACGUGAGUUGUGAUCAUGGCUAUUGACUGGUUUGGUUUUUGUUAUGCGGCAGUGGUGGCUCUUGGCGGUGUUGUAGGAUAUACUCGCAAAGGAAGUAUAGUCUCUUUGAUUGCUGGUCUCUUCUUUGGUUUGGUGUCUGGUUAUGGAGCAUAUUGUGUAACACGUGACUCCAGAGAUGUGAAGAUAUCAUUUUUUUCAGCUUUUAUUCUGACCAUUGUAAUGGGAAUGAGGUUCAAGAGAUCCAAGAAACUAAUUCCGGGUGGACUAAUAGCUGGUUUAAGCCUUUUGAUGAUUUUGAGAUUGGUUUUUCUGCUGCUGUAAGACACAACAGCAACUAAGGACUGAAGUAGGAGGAUCAUUUCCCUUCAACAAGCAGACAAGUACUUGAAGUAUGUCUGUCUGGUUUUUGUUUUCACUGUAAAAGUUAACAAAUGCAUCUGAAAUUUAAUUCCUCAAAUUUCUUUGAUAUGUUGAAAGAUUUUUCAAUUAAACAAGGAGGUUUUUGAUAGUUUGUAUCAUUGUUUUCAUUUAAGCAAUUUAUUGGCUGGAUUUUUUUUUCCAGAGGUGCUGAGGGGGCAAAGAAAUCAGUGGAUGUUAGAAAUGUUCUGCCCCUUUGAAACUCGAGCUAUGUAUCAGAGAUGUGUCACUAAACUAAAAAGGGGUAUAGUAUUAAACCAUAAUCUUAUAAGCUUCUAAUAUCAAGUAAUCAAUAGAAGCUCGACAUAACAUGCAAACUAAAGUCUUGUCAAUAUUGAUCAUGUAAUGCACUGUGUUUUAUCAAACAGAUGAGGGUAUAUGCUUGUGCUCCAUAUUGCACUAAAAUAUAUUUUGUUUCCAAACAUGUAAAUAUCUUCUUCCACUGGAUAGAGAAUGUAGAAAUUGUUACCAGUAAUCAAAUAAAAGAUGGAACAUUUAAA